GCCGUUUUCGAUAGUUUCUUAAUGAUACCGAUAACACCUUACCACCCUGCCGGCAGCUCUUAAAAAUAUCCGAAGUAUCAGUAGCCCAAUUCUACUUCAAUUAACCGAUCAUGGACAGCAUUAUUGGGCGCAGUCAGUUUGUCUCAGAGACGGCCAAUUUGUUCACGGACGAAAAGACUGCCACGGCGAGGGCAAAGGUGGUCGAUUGGUGCAAUGAACUGGUCAGCGCAUCGCCUUCGACAAAAUGUGAACUGCUGGUUAAGGUGCAGGAGACUGUGCUUGGUUCCUGCGCUGAGCUGGCCGAGGAAUUUCUGGAGUCCGUGCUAUCUUUGGCCCACGACCCAAACAUGGAGGUUCGCAAGCAGGUAGUCGCUUUCGUAGAGCAAGUUUGCAAAGUGAAAGUGGAGCUACUGCCACAUGUGAUUAACAUCGUGUCUAUGCUGCUUAGGGAUAACUCGGCUCAGGUAAUCAAGAGAGUGAUCCAGGCCUGCGGCAGCAUCUACAAGAACGGAUUGCAAUACUUGUGCAGCCUUAUGGAGCCCGGCGACAGUGCGGAGCAGGCAUGGAACAUCCUUAGCUUGAUCAAGGCGCAAAUAUUGGACAUGAUCGACAAUGAAAACGACGGCAUACGUACAAAUGCCAUCAAGUUUCUGGAGGGCGUCGUUGUCCUGCAGAGCUUUGCUGACGAGGACAGUCUGAAACGAGAUGGAGACUUCUCGCUGGGCGAUGUCCCCGAUCACUGCAAACUAUUUCGCCGUCAAAAGUUGCAGGAGGAGGGAAACAAUAUAUUUGAUAUCCUGCUUCAGUUCCACGGAACAACGCAUAUUUCCUCAGUGAACUUGAUUGCCUGCACAAGCAGUCUAUGUACGGUUGCUAAAAUGCGGCCUGUCUUCAUGGGCUCCGUGGUGGAUGCCUUUAAGCAGCUGAAUGCCAACCUGCCGCCCACCCUCACGGACUCGCAAGUAAGCUCCGUGCGCAAGAGUCUUAAGAUGCAACUGCAGACAUUGCUGAAAAACCGCGGUGCCUUUGAGUUUUCAGGCACCAUCCGAGGUAUGUUAGUUGACCUGGGCUCUUCCACAAAUGAAAUCCAGAAGCUUAUUCCCAAGAUGGACAAACAGGAGAUGGCUCGCAGACAAAAACGCAUCCUUGAAAAUGCCGCGCAAAGUCUUUCAAAGCGAGCGCGCUUGGUUAGCGAGCAGCAAGAACAGCAGCAGCGGGAAAUGGAACUAGACACUGAAGAAUUGGAACGACAGAAACAAAAGUCCACUCGCGUUAAUGAAAAGUUUCUGGCAGAGCAUUUCCGUAAUCCGGAAACUGUUGUGGGGCUUGUAUUGGAGUUCUUGCCAAGUCUGCCCACUGAGGCGCCACAAAAGUUUCUUCAGGAAUAUACACCCAUUCGCGAAAUGUCUAUUCAGCAGCAGGUAACUAACAUCUCCAGAAUGUUUGGCGAACAAUUAUCUGAAAAGCGUCUGGGACCAGGUGCCGCAACAUUCAGUCGAGACCCGCCGAUGAGAGUUAAGAAAGUGCAAGCUAGUGAAUCCACACUCACUUCAAUGGUAGUGGACGAGGAUGCUGUUCAAAAACUAAGUGAAGAAGAGCUCCAACGUAAGGAGGAAGCAACCAAGAAGCUGCGCGAGACCAUGGAGCGCGCUAGGGGUGAGCAGACAGUGAUUGAAAAGAUGAAGGAACGAGCCAAAACACUGAAGCUGCAGGAGAUCACCAAGCCUUUGCCACGCAACCUAAAAGAGAAGUUCCUUACAGAGGCAGUGCGUCGCAUCCUCAACUCGGAGCGGCAGUGUAUUAAGGGAGGCGUGUCAGCCAGGCGUCGCAAAUUGGUCACCGUGAUUGCGGCCACCUUUCCCGAUAACGUGCGUUACGGCAUCAUGGAGUUCAUCCUGGAGGAUGUUAAACAGCGUAUUGAUUUGGCAUUUUCCUGGCUCUUUGAGGAGUACUCUCUGCUGCAAGGAUUUACAAGGCACACUUACGUCAAGACAGAGAACAGACCCGAUCACGCCUACAACGAGUUGCUGAAUAAGCUCAUCUUUGGCAUUGGAGAGCGUUGCGAUCACAAGGAUAAGAUUAUUCUGAUUCGUCGUGUUUAUCUAGAGGCACCAAUUCUUCCAGAAGUUUCAAUCGGACAUCUAGUUCAACUUAGUCUGGACGACGAGUUUUCCCAGCACGGCUUGGAGCUGAUCAAGGACCUUGCAGUCCUCAGGCCGCCGCGAAAGAACCGCUUCGUCAGAGCUCUGCUUAAUUUUUCUGUACACGAGCGAGUGGAUCUGCGGGAUCGGGCACAGGCCCACCUUGUCAGUUUGUACCAUGUGCACAAAAUACUUCCGUCUCGGAUAGACGAAUUCGCUCUGGAGUGGCUUAAAUUUUUAAUACAGGAGUCUCCACCGGCAGCUGUUUUCUCGCAAGAUUUUGGUCGACCAACGGAGGAGUCCGCCUGGCGGGAAGACACUGGCAAGGUGUGCUUUGGUUUGGCCUUUACACUGCUGCCCUAUAAACCGGAAGUUUACUUGGAGCAGAUUUGUCAAGUGUUUGUGGCCACCUCUGCCGAACUGAAACGCACGAUCUUGCGCAGUCUAGAUAAUCCCAUUAAGAAGAUGGGUGUGGAGAGUGCGCCGCUGCUUCAGCUGAUCGAGGAUUGUCCUAAGGGCAUGGAGACCUUAGUGAUUCGUAUAAUUUAUAUACUGACGGAGCGAGUGCCAUCCCCGAAGGAAGAAUUGGUACGGCGGGUUCGGGAUCUUUACCAAAACAAAGUCAAGGAUGUGCGCGUGAUGAUACCCGUACUAAGUGGCUUGACUCGCUCCGAGCUAAUAGCUGUUCUGCCGAAGCUGAUUAAACUUAAUCCCGCUGUGGUCAAGGAGGUCUUCAAUCGUUUGCUUGGUAUCGGUGCCGAAUUCGCGCAUCAGACGAUGGCCUUGUCCCCCACUGAUAUUCUCGUAGCUUUGCACACCAUCGACCCAAGUGUCUGCGACCUAAAAGCCAUCGUCAAGGCCACAUCCCUUUGUUUGGCUGAAAGAGAUUUGUACACACAGGAAGUACUUAUGGCUGUGCUACAACAGCUUGUAGAGGUUAUUCCGCUGCCCACACUGAUGAUGCGCACAACAAUUCAGAGUCUAACUCUGUACCCGCGUCUGGCCAACUUUGUAAUGAACUUGCUGCAGCGUCUGAUCAUGAAGCAGGUCUGGCGACAGAAGGUUAUCUGGGAGGGCUUUCUAAAGACCGUGCAGCGCCUGAAACCGCAGUCAAUGCCAAUCCUGCUGCACCUUCCUCCUCCCCAGUUGGUGGACGCACUGCAGCAGUGCCCCGAUUUAAGACCAGCAUUGUCGGAAUACGCGGAGAGCAUGCAGGACGAACCGAUGAAUGGUAGUGGCAUUACCCAGCAGGUGCUGGACAUCAUCUCCGGGAAGUCAGUGGAUGUGUUCGUGACGGACGAAAGCGGCGGUUACAUAAGCGCCGAACAUAUUAAAAAAGAAGCACCGGAUCCAUCAGAAAUUGGUGUAAUUUCAACAGUGCCCGUACUGACGUCUCUAGUGCCACUGCCUGUGCCCCCGCCUAUCGGCAGCGAUCUUAACCAGCCCUUGCCGCCUGGCGAGGACUAGCUGCAGUUUAAUUGUU